CGACAGCACGUAAAAGCACCACCAGACACACUUCAGCAGGCAGACAGUGAAACCACUGAAGGAAUCCAGAAGUUAAUAACUUCACAUACCGCAACCAAGGAGGAGUGACCCGGUCUUUGUUUUAAAAAAACAAGGAGGGUUAAUUGCCGCAGAAAAUCGAGCUCGGGGCAACAGGGGGAGCAUCCAAACAGGAGAGCAGCAACAUGGACGACAUGACUGUGGAACAGAUGGCCAUUAGGGCCAACCAUGUGACCGACGAGUCACUGGAAAGCACACGGAGGAUGCUGCAGUUGGCCGAGGAGAGCAAGCAGACCGGUGCAAACACCAUGGUGAUGCUGGACCAGCAGGGAGAGCAGCUGAAGCGUGUGGACGAGGGCAUGGACCAGAUCAACCAGGACAUGAGACAGGCUGAGAGAAACCUGACUGAUCUCUCAAAGUGCUGCGGCCUGUGUGUCUGCCCCUGUGACCGGGUGUCGUCAAUAGAGAACGACUCAAAAUACAAGCGUACCUGGGGCAUGAGAGGAGGCGAUGGCACAAGCGACUCUGACGGCUCAAAGGUGGUCUCGAGGCAGCCCUCGGGGGUUCGCAAUGGCCAGGCCGGCCAGAUGAACAACUCGGCGCCCUCGGGCCCGUACAUCAAGAGGAUAACCAACGAUGCUCGUGAGGAUGAGAUGGAAGAGAAUCUGGAUGCGGUGGGCAGCAUUAUUGGCAACCUGAAAACAAUGGCCCAGGACAUGGGCAACGAGAUCGACCAGCAGAACAAGCACAUUGACAGCAUCAACGAUAAGGCGGAGAUGAACCGACAUCGUAUUGAUGAAGCCAACCAGAGAGCCAACAAGCUCCUCAAGUAGACAAGGAGCCCUACUUCUUCCAGUUCUAUCAUCAACCUUGAGCCUCUGUCGCCACACACACACACACACACACACACACACACACACACACGGACUGCAUAUUUGUGCACAUGCAUUUUUUCACAUGAAAAAAGAAAUUCAGUCAGGAAGAAUAUCUUUCAAUAUCAGUUGUGUGCUCGCCUUCUACUGCACGACCAUGUAAAUAUAAUCCGCUAACGCUCUGUAUUUUAGAAAUUUGCCAGCACCUUCCUAGUCAUGCUGGACUUGGAGAAGCAGGAAGGGCAUCAGAAACUCCCCAGAGGGGAAGAGACUGACUGACUGCCUGUCAGGCGUGUUGCAUCAUAUCUCAACAGUCAGAGGCAGGCGGGUAACACACGUCAGCUGCUUCUUUUCUUUUGCCUUUCUCUUAAAGAAGUAGGAAGUUUUUUUUUGUUUUGUUUUUUGUGCAUCUGGAUGAGGUCACAGAUGCAGGUUCAUUAUAAACGCAUCACCUUCUGUUGGUCCUUUCUUCAUAAAGCUUAUUCUUGUCAAUCACAAAACAUUGGCGUUAACGCAGAUGCAUCUUAAAUUCCAAUUGGUUCAAUGUGUAAUCAGGUUUAUGUAUCGUUUAUAUUUUGGAUCAUGUGCUUAUUUAAAAACUCUUCAGGCAAUCAGGCAAAAAUGACUUGUUUUUAGUUUUAACACUUUUUCGAGUCAUUUAUGCCGUUCCUGAUGUAAAAGCUAUUUCAUAAUGUAUAAAAUGUUGUGCUUUCAGCAGUUAAUGCAAAUCCUUUUAAUGCUAGAAUGCAAAGCACCAACCCCACAAGCAAUUAAUGUUUUUAAAUGUUCUGACUGAGAAGUCAAGGUCGUUGAAGACAGGACAUUUGUGAGACGCUGAAUUGGUGUUAGAAAUGUAAUUCUAUAAAUAUCUAUAUACUAGCAGUCACUUAUCCUUCAAAUGAGAAGGACGGUCAGUAAGAAUUGUGAGGAAGGUUAAUCAUUAACUCCUCCAAGCCUCUAGUAUAUUGUAACAUAACACUGAAUAUGUGAAACAGAUUUGUCAUAAAUGGAUCAAUUGCUGUACUUCAUAUUUUCCAUUUUGUUGACUACAUAUUGCAGCGGUUUAUAUUAGUUCUGUUAAUCUAAAUGCAUUCUUUCUUGUGCCUCUUCUGGAGGAGAAUUAGCAGCUUGUGCAGGGUUCCCAGGAAGUCGGUAAUAUGCAGAACAUUUUCUCAAGUCUAUUAAUUGCGCAGUCAGUAAAAGUUUGAAAACACAUGUUUACUUCUUAAACACUCUGCUGUACAUGGUUGGCAUUAUGGCCUAUGCAGCCAUUUGGUCAUAAUGUCAACGUGAAAGGUUAAAAAUGAAAGAAAUUAGCCUGGACAAAAACUAAUUUAGAAAUGUGGGUGUCAAUGCCUUUUAUGUAGAUGGUUGUGUUGCAGUAAAAUGAUCACAUCUGAUGAUGCAAAGCAUGGUUUGUUUUGUGGGAGCCGGGCUGAGAAAUGACUUGGCAGUGAGAUGCAGGAGUUUCCUCAUGGAAGAGAUGUUUAAGAGGUUUAAGAAUGUUGAAUCGGAAAUAAGUCCCGGCGGACUCUGGUUUUUAAAGUAACACAAUAUGCUGAAAGUAUUUCUUGUAUCCAUCAUCUGGCUUAUUUGUUUUCCCAGAAAUGAUCCUUUGUACGCGAUGGAGUUUGUAAGGAUUGAAAUGACGUGUUCUUCAGGGUUUGUUAGUGAUCAUCCUCAGCUUGUUGUACAUCAGCUGGGAUCUAAUUAGUGCAGCCUGUUGGUUGGAAUGUUCUUCCACCUGUUCACGAUGCAGCUUGUCGUUUAACACCUGUUAAAUAUUUCUUAUUCAAUAAAUCUAUUCUGAAAUGAAUUAAUGGACUUUUCAAUGCACUAACGAGGAAUUCCGUAUUCAUUAAAAAUCUUUAAAGCU